GCAUGUGCGGGUGUUGCGUGAUCGAAGAAUAACAUUGGAACUUAAUCAUAUGUGUUGCGGUGUCCGGCGAAGAUGGCGGGGGAUCAGGAGCAAUUUCAGCAACUAUUAACAGGAUUACUAAAUGUAGAUAACAAAGUUCGACAGCAGGCUGAGAAUACUUAUGAUCAGAUUGCUUCUGAAACCAAGUUCCAACUUCUCUUGGCUAAUGUUGUCAAUAAAUCAGCGAGUGAAGAUGCACGAGCAAUGGCAGCUGUGCUGUUGCGACGGCUCCUCACUACCAGCUUUGACGAAGUGUUCCCAACGUUACCCCCAGAUUCUCAGACCCAGGUCCGGGCACAGCUCCUUGCAUCAGUCCAGCAAGAGGAAGAUUCCAACAUGAGGAAAAAGUUGUGUGAUAUUAUUGGUGAACUAGCACACAAUAUGAUUGAUGAUGAAGGCAACAACAAAUGGCCUGAAUUUCUGCAGUUCCUCUUUGAAAGUGCAUGUUCACCCACAAUACCCCACAAAGAAGUGGCCUUAACCCUUUUCAGCUUGGUCCCAGGAGUUUUUGGAAAUCAACAACAGCAACAUCUUGGAAUGAUCAAAGCCAUGUUGACGUCAUCACUCGCAGACUCUGCAAACCCACCUGUUCAAGCUCUUGCAGUGAAAGCCACAGCUGCUUUCAUUCUCCUACAUGACAAUGAACCUAACAUACAAAGAAACUUUGCUGAUCUCUUGACUCCAUUUCUGCAGAUCAUUGCAGCAAGUAUUGAAGCUGGUGAUGAUGAUGCACUUUUGAAAUGCCUGGUAGAUUUAGCAGAAAGUUGUCCAAAAUUCCUCCGACCACAAGUUGAAACAAUUCUGCAACUAGCAAUUAAGGCACUGCAGGAUCCAAAUGUUGGAGACUCCUGGAAACAUCUUUUACUUGAAGUGGUAGUGACACUUGCUGAAACAGCCCCUGCAAUGGUGCGGAAGGCUGGUGCCAAGUAUAUGAACUCUCUUAUACCUUUGAUGCUAAAUAUGAUGACUGACCUUGAAGAUGAAGAGGACUGGAGUGUCAGUGAUGAACAAGCUGAAGAAGAUAACGACAGUAACUCUGUAGUAGCUGAAUCCUCUCUAGAUCGCCUUGCAUGUGGCUUGGGAGGCAAGACUGUGCUACCUCACAUCAAUGCGACACUGUCACAGAUGCUACAGAGUGACAACUGGAAAUGUCGUCAUGCUGCUUUGAUGGCCAUAUCAGCUGUUGGAGAGGGUUGCCACAAGCAGAUGGAAGUCAUGCUGCCCCAAAUUGUUGAAGCAGUUAUAGGAUUCUUGCAAGACCCUCAUCCAAGAGUCCGUUAUGCUGCCUGCAAUGCCAUUGGUCAGAUGGCAACAGAUUUUGCCCCUGUGUUUCAGAAGAAGUUCCAUGAAAGUGUUGUCCCAGGUCUGCUACUUGUAAUGGAUGAUGGGGUUAAUCCAAGAGUGCAGGCUCAUGCUGGAGCAGCUCUGGUCAACUUCUCUGAGGUUUGCCCAAAGAACAUCCUCACCAACUACCUUCCAACCAUUAUUGCAAAGCUUGAAAGUAUUCUUGCUGCAAAGUUCAAGGAGUUAAUGGAAUGUGGAACAAAGCUGGUCCUAGAGCAGGUUGUGACUACUAUUGCCUCGGUGGCUGACACAGCUGAAGAAAAGUUUGUUGAGUACUAUGAUCGCUUUAUUCCUUGCCUCAUGUACAUCAUAGAAAAUGCCAACUCAGCAGAAUUGAGGCUACUUCGAGGAAAAACCAUUGAAUGCGUGUCUUUAAUAGGUCUUGCUGUAGGAGCAGAAAAAUUCUUGACAGAUGCAGGCAAGAUGAUGGACCUCUUGCUUAAUGCUCAAACUAAUCAAGACGAGAUGGCUGACGAUGAUCCCCAAGUCUCAUAUCUUAUCUCUGCUUGGGCUCGAAUAUGCAAAAUUAUGGGAAAGCGCUUUGAGCCUUACUUACCUCUCGUGAUGGGACCAGUGUUGAAGACUGCAUCUCUUAAACCAGAGGUGGCUCUUUUAGACAAUGAAGACAUGAGUGCUGUUGAUGGAGAUGAUGACUGGCAGUUUGUGUCCAUUGGAGAGCAACAAAAUUUUGGCAUUCGCACUGCUGGACUGGAAGAAAAAGCUACAGCGUGUCAGAUGCUUGUGUGCUAUGCAAGGGAAUUAAAGGAUGGUUUUGCUGACUACACAGAACAAGUUGUCAAAUUGAUGGUUCCCAUGCUCAAAUUUUAUUUCCAUGAUGGAGUUCGGACAGCAGCAGCUGAAUCUCUUCCAUUUCUGUUGGAGUGUGCCAAGAUUAAGGGUCCUCAGUAUUUAGCUGAAAUGUGGCAGUAUAUGUGCCCAGAACUGCUCAAGGCAAUAGAAACAGAACCUGAGAGUGAAGUCUUAUCAGAACACAUGUAUGCCAUGGCCAAGUGUAUUGAAGUUUUAGGGAUGGGUUGCCUUAGUAAUGAACAGAUCAAUGAGCUGAUAAGAAUUCUAGACAAGUCACUCAAGGAACAUUUUGAGAGGGCUGUCAAAAGACAAGAGCAACGCAAGGAUGAGGAUUAUGAUGAGGUGGUCGAGGAGCAGCUAUUGGAUGAAGACGAUGAAGAUGUCUAUGUGCUGAGUAAAGUGGCUGACAUCACUCAUGCACUCUUUGCUGCUUAUGGUCAGCUCUUCUUUCCAUAUUUUGACAUUAUUCUCCCUCACAUAACCAAACUCCUGGGGUCUAAUCGACCAUGGCCUGACCAUCAGUGGGGCCUGUGUAUAUUUGAUGAUGUCAUUGAGUAUGGUGGUCCAGCUUGUGAUAAAUACACAGAGCAUUUCCUCCAAGCAAUGCUUGCAUUCCUGGCGGACAAACAAGGAGAAGUUCGUCAAGCAGCUGCUUAUGGUUGUGGAGUGCUUGGCCAGUUUGCAGGUCCAGCCUUCGCCCAAGUGUGUGCUCAAGCAAUUCCACGUCUGGUCCAAGUGAUCCAAGAUGCAGAUUCUCGUAAUGAAGUCAAUCUCAACCCAACAGAAAAUGCUAUUGCUGCAGUCACAAAAAUCUUGAAAUACAAUGCAUCUGCUGUUAAUGUGGAUGAGGUUAUUCCAUUGUGGCUGUCAUGGCUUCCUGUUUGGGAGGACACAGAUGAGGCUCCUCAUGUGUAUGGUUAUCUGUGCGAUCUGAUUGAUAAUAAUCACCCCUUGGUGUUGGGCCCAAAUAAUGCUAAUUUGCCACGCCUAAUGGUUAUCUUUUCAGAGGCUUUCAAGAGAGAAGCAGUUGAGAAAGAUGCAGAAGUAACUAAGAGAAUGCUCAACAUUGUACGUCAGUUGCAAGCUAACCCAGAAAUGUUCCAAGCCUGUAUUAGUCAAUUAUCCCAAGAUCAGCAAGUUGCUCUUCACCACUACCUCACAACGUAGCUGAUUGUGCACUCUUUAUGUUGCCUUUUACAAUUGCCCUCUUUUCAAUAUAAGCAUUAUAAAUUUUCCUCAGAUUUGAAAUUUAUGAUAUAUCAUUGCUACAUGUCAAAAGCACUAUUCAUCUUACAUCAUUAACUAAUGCACAUAGUCAUAAAAUAUUUGUUUACCUUAAAAGGUUUUUGCAUUACCUAUUUUUUAAUAUAGAUGUUUUUAUGAAAGUGAUAGUCUUCAAGAAAAGCAUAUGAAUAUAGCCUUCUUGAAAGUAUAUUUUUCCUUUCAUAGUAUUAAGAAAUAUGUGAUUGAAUUAAUGGUUAUUAGUUAAAGUUAAUUAAUUUUUUUACAUAAAAAAGCUUUUGAUAUUAUUCUAAAAAAAAAUACCUAUUCUUUGAAAGCUUUGGUCAUCAUUAGUAUAUACAUGAAUGACACUUGCUCUGAUGUUGGUGGAUACUAUUUAUGACAAUUGCUCGUAUAUACAUGUACACAGGUGCACAUGCACAUGCACAUUCACACAUUCAUACAUAGCUAUGUAUUCUCCAGGUUCACAGCAUAUUCUGUUUUUGAAGAUACAGGUUACUUGUGAGAAUAUUCUAGGAAUCAAUUUAAUUAGAGCUGAUAAGUAAAAGACAGGUGUCGAACAAGUUUCCUUAAGUCAUUCCACAUAUUAUCAGUACCCAAGUAUAAGGGAAGAAUGGGAUGGACUAUUGUGCCUCAUAGUGCACAAAUUGUUAUAAGUACAUAUUUUAAGGCAACUUGCUUCUGAUAAACUAUGCUGGUCAGGGCAUUCCUGCAGUCUUUAUUUAUUAUCUACAUAAACUUUUUUCCUCCUUUUACACCUUUGCACUUAAGUAUUGAAGUAUCCUGUGUGAAAGCUGUGUUUUUGUAUUCAGUGAUCUUUACAUAUACCCAAAGUACCUAUGCAUGUAUAUAUGCUAAUGCAUUUACACACAUGCUCAUACUCACAGUUUGUUAGUGUAGAUUUGUGUGUGUAUGUGUAUAUAUGUGUAUGCACACACACACACACACACACACACACACACACACACACACACACACACACACACACACACACACACACACACACACACACACACACACACACACACACACACACACACACACACACACACACACACACACACACACACACACACACACUGCAUAAAUAUACAUACAUACCUAUGUAUACACAUACAUAUACACAUAGAUACUCUUGAGUGCUCCACCUAUGGGAUACUAGUAAUAUUUAGCUUUGGGCAUGAAACCUCUUGUAUGACUGAAAAGAAUGAAAGGUACUCGUAGGGCACCCUUGUGAUUAUCAGUAGCCUAAAGAAUACAUGGGCAGAGAUGAAAAAGGGGUUUUGCAGAAGCUUGUGGUACUAUUAAAUCUUAUUAUAUUUAAAAUUUUCAAUAUGGAUCACAUUGCUACUCAAUCAAUGCAAAGUAAAUUUUACUAUUUUUCUAUACCAAAAAAUGAAUGUAUGGCUUCAGGAGUUUGUUAAUGACGUGUAGGCUGCAGCUGUAAAUGUUUGUAGAUAUACGUACAGGUAGCAGAGCACUCUCUCUCUCUCUCUCUCUCUCUCUCUCUCUCUCUCUCUCUCUCUCUCUCUCUCUCUCUCUCUCUCUCUCUCUCUCUCUCUCUCUCUCUCUCUCUCUCUCUCUCUCUCUCUCUCUCUCUCUCUCUCUCUCAUAAUCAGUGUGAGAACCAAAGAUAAAAGUUGCAUAUUCAUUGUUUGGAGUUUACACAACACUUACAACGUAAACACUACUUGUUAAUUCAUCUUGUUGCUCUAAUUCACCUUGUUGCUCUAACUUCUGUGUAUUUAUUUAUUUGCUAUAGUUUUCAUGAUUUACUCAGAGUGCCAGUGCAGAAGUUCAAUGGUAGCUCAUGAUAUUUAUCUUGUUUUCUUCUUAUGAAAUGACCUUUAUUGAGGGGGGAAGAUCUUUCAUUUUGCUCUGCUUGAGAGGAUACUUCUUGUCAGGUUAUCUAUCUGUUUUGGCUUUUACUGUUGUCUGCAAAAGAAAUGCUCAGACUUUAUUUGCAUUGUUAUUUAUCUAUCUUUUGUGUUGGUCUCAGGUUUAUAUUUCUGAUUUGGUAUUCUGGUAUUUUCAGCUGUCUUCCUCUUCAUUUAUGGAGUGUGACUUGCUCUUGUUUCAGGUACAAUAAACACAAUCCCAUUAGACAUACACUGACAUGAAACCAUACUACUACUACUAUUAGGAGAGCCUUUGUAAUUUUAAUGUUCAAGUUUGUUAAUGUGUACAACACAAGUUAUUUUUUUUAACCUGUCGGGUGUAUACAAUACUGGAACUAUUUAUGAAUUUGUUAUUGAGUGAAAAGCUUAAAAGUUAGCCAGAUAUAGCUCAUGGGAUGGUGAUGUUCUUGCAUACUAGAGCAAUGCAGAAAACCAUGAUAUCCAGCCUACACCCUCAAAUGUGUAUACAGUAUCAGAAUUUUUCAAAGGAUACACAAGUGAAACUGGUAUUUCAGACUUUGUAAUCAAAGUUAUUAUAUAUAUAUAUAUAUAUAUAUAUAUAUAUAUAUAUAUAUAUAUAUAUAUAUAUAUAUAUAUAUAUAUAAUUUUUUGUUUAUUUAUUUUAUUUUUUAGCCAAAACGUCCAUUAAGUGUAUGUAACAUCACAUCUUCCUCAGAAAGUCUUCUUGCCUCUCUAAAAGAGGUAAGUGUAUGUACACUUACACUCAAUAAAAUAUAUCAUCAGAAAA